ACAACUUAUAACUCAAACUCCGAUAUGUGUGAUCCCACUAGAGACGAUGUCUCCAGCCAAAGCAGAGCGGUGAGUAUAGAAAAAAGGGCGUAUAUUCAGAGAAAAUGGCCCUUGGUCGAUGUUGUAAGAGCAUUAAUCGUUGUGAUAGUGCACUUUUUGUGUCUCUUGGCGCCGUUUAAUUAUCAAUGGGAAGCUUUGCGGUUCGGUUUGGUGCUCUUCGUGAUAACAACACUCAGCAUCACCUUCUCAUACCAUAGGAACUUGGCUCACCGGAGCUUCAAGAUCCCGAAAUGGAUCGAAUAUCCUUUUGCUUAUUCUGCUGUUUUCGCUCUCCAGGGCGAUCCAAUGGAUUGGGUGAGCAUACAUAGGUUCCAUCACCAGUUCACAGAUUCAGACCGCGACCCACAUAGCCCUAAAGAAGGAUUAUGGUUCAGCCAUAUAAUGUGGAUAUUUGACACCCAAUACAUCAAAUACAAGUGUGGAGGACGUGACAACGUGAAGGACUUGAAGAAGCAAUGGUUCUAUAAGUUUCUACGAAGGACUAUUUUUCUCCACAUCGUAAUGUUUUGGACUGUCCUCUAUCUCUACGGUGGUUUACCUUACCUUACAUGCGGCGGGGGUGUUGGAGGUGUGAUAGGGUAUCACGUGACCUUUCUCGUAAACUCGGCAUGCCAUAUUUGGGGUUCAAGGUCGUGGAAGACUAAAGACACAUCUCGUAACGUUUGGUGGUUAAGUUUGUUUACGAUGGGAGAGAGUUGGCACAACAACCACCACGCGUUUGAGUCAUCGGCGAGGCAAGGAUUGGAAUGGUGGCAGAUAGACAUAACUUGGUACCUCAUUCGACUAUUUGAAGUUCUUGGAUUAGCCACUGAUGUGAAAUUACCCUCGGAAUUCCAGAAACAGAAGAUGGCUAUCGUUCGUUAAUAUUUAUUUUGAGAUCUAAAUAUCUCUAAAAACAUUCGGUAUGAGAUACUAAGAAGCUAUUUAUGCACUACUUAAUGAGACACUAUAUAGUUGUUAUUCUUCAGUUUCUUGAUCGGCUUCGAGAUUAUGAUUGUUUUCCAUUAUAAAUGUAUGUUUUUAAU